AGAACAUACGUCGAAUCUUUUGUUGUUUUUCGUACAAACUUGUCAAAAAAAUUACUCAUUGGCGAAAAGGAAACUGUUCUCAAUGUCCAGAAAUCACGACGGUGUGCCGUAACUCGCCGUUUAGACUGUCAGAGAACGAGACUUAGCCGCAGUAUGGGACUGUUAUUCAGUAAACUGUGGGCUCUAUUUACAAACGAAGAACACAAGGUUAUCAUUGUUGGACUAGACAAUGCAGGGAAGACAACGAUACUGUAUCAGUUUUUGAUGAAUGAAGUUGUGCAUACGUCUCCAACGAUAGGGAGCAAUGUGGAAGAAGUUGUAUGGAAGAACAUCCACUUCCUGAUGUGGGAUAUUGGGGGCCAGGAGUCUCUGAGGUCUGCGUGGAACACCUACUUUACCAACACACAGUUUGUGAUACUGGUUGUGGACAGCACGGAUAGAGAGAGGCUAUCCAUUACAAAGGAGGAGUUGUACAAGAUGCUGUCACAUGAGGAUUUGAAAAAAGCUGCAGUACUUAUAUAUGCUAACAAACAAGACAUCAAGGGAUCAAUGUCAUCGGCAGAAAUCUCCCAGCAGCUUAAUCUCACGUCAAUCAAGGACCAUGGCUGGCACAUACAGGGCUGCUGUGCCUUAACAGGGGAGGGACUUUAUCAGGGAUUGGAAUGGAUUACAAACCAGCUCAAGAGGCGAUGACAAGGCCUCAGCUUAGGAGUUGUACAUUUCAUCAUAUUUUUGUAAAAAUCAUGGAGCAGAAUUUUUCACAGAGUCAGUGUUUUGUGUGAUUCCUGGAUUGAGAAUUGUAAAGUGUUGCUCUCAUCAUGAUAUUCAUAGUUCACCUUGUCCUUGACCAAUGGUCUAUGAUCAUUCAGACAUGGAAUUCCAUUGGCUCUUUAAACACUGACUCCGGGCAGUUGUGAAUACUCAUAUUUUGCAGUGUCAGCUUGUGAUUGGCUGCUUGGGUUUCCAAACAUGUGUUGAAUAUUCAUGGUAAGGUGUAGUUCUUUUGGGAACCGGUAACAGACGAGUACAGUUUACGAUUAACACAGCCACAACCGGCAAAAGUACUGUUAACGCUGCUUCGUACCCAGAGGAAAGUUAUGUUGUUGUUGUUUUUUUCUGGUAUCACCGUUUUUUUCUGCUCUGCCCGAGGUGCUUUCUAGAGUGCUUGCCAGAAAAUUACUGGAGAUGCAUUACGUCAUUGUUAAAAAAUGGCUGUCAGGCAUUGCAGCCUUGUACAUGUGUGCACAUGUCAUUUGUUUGUCUCAAGGGCAGAUAACUGUGGAAGAAGAUACAUGCACACUUGAACACUGUAUAUAUAUAUUUAAGUAGUGCAGAAGCCAUAGAUGCCAUUCGACUCUGCAGUUGUGAAAUGUGUGUGACUGGCUGUCUGUGUCGGAGGUAUAGACUGGGGAAGCCCAUCCUGGUACUAGUAUUACUGUCCUAUGGGUAGUUUUACCUGUAUGACUAAAUGUCACAUUUUUUUAAUUUAUGUUUUUGUGCUCUUAAAUUAUUUCCUGAUGGAGUCAGUAAAAAUUUUAACCGACAAAAACAAUUUUUUGUGUAGUGGCAACAGGUGUCAAUAAAUUCUCCUCUGUAUCAUCAUGCUUUUUUGUUAUAAAGCUGAAUGUUAAUCAAGAAGAUGAUCCCCAAAUUCAUUAGAGAUGAUCCCCAGAUUCACUAUGUAUGAUCCCCAAAUUUACAAGAAAUGAUCCCCAAAUUCAGUAGACAUGAUCCCCAGAUUCACUAUGUAUGAUCCCCAAAUUUACAAGAAAUGAUCCCCAAAUUCAGUAGAGAUGAUCUCCAAAUUCAGUAGAGAUGAUUCCCAAAUUCAGCGGAGAUGAGCACCAUUCAAGACUUGAAGAGUUCAAUCGCCAAAACAGAUAAACGCCAUUCAUGUCAAAGAAU